AUGGCGUCCGCGGGGUCGAACACGAUCAAGGUCGUCGCUAGGUUCCGUCCCCAGAACAAAGUCGAAUUGGCCUCUGGGGGUAAGCCCAUCGUCGAAUUCGAGAAUGAGGAAUCAUGUCGCAUCCAGUCCCAAGAGGGCUCUGGUUCCUUCACGUUCGAUCGCGUUUUCCCCAUGGACACGGCGCAAAACGAUAUCUUUGACUUCUCUAUCCGACCAACCGUGGACGAUAUUUUGAAUGGAUAUAACGGAACCGUUUUCGCCUACGGUCAGACCGGUGCCGGAAAGUCGUAUACAAUGAUGGGUUCCGACAUCGAUGAUGAGAUUGGGAAGGGUAUUAUUCCUCGAAUGAUUGAACAAAUCUUCGCCAGCAUCCUGACAAGCCCGAGCAACAUCGAGUACACGGUACGAGUCAGUUAUAUGGAAAUUUACAUGGAGCGAAUUCGCGAUUUGCUGGUACCCCAAAACGAUAACCUGCCCGUUCACGAAGAGAAAGCCCGCGGAGUAUACGUCAAAGGAUUGCUCGAAGUCUAUGUAUCCAGCGUGCAAGAGGUUUACGAAGUUAUGCGCAGAGGAGGAGCAGCACGCGCCGUCGCUGCAACCAACAUGAAUCAAGAAUCGUCACGCUCCCACUCCAUCUUCGUCAUUACCGUUACUCAGAAGAACGUCGAAACUGGAUCUGCCAAGAGCGGUCAAUUAUUUUUGGUUGAUUUAGCUGGUAGUGAAAAGGUUGGAAAGACUGGCGCAAGCGGUCAAACCCUGGAGGAGGCAAAGAAAAUCAACAAGAGUUUGAGUGCGCUUGGAAUGGUCAUCAAUGCUUUGACGGAUGGCAAAUCGACACAUGUUCCUUAUCGUGACUCGAAGCUCACUCGGAUUCUUCAAGAAUCCCUGGGUGGUAACUCGCGAACGACUUUGAUCAUCAACUGUUCGCCCAGCAGCUACAACGAUGCGGAAACAAUCUCCACCCUGCGAUUCGGUGUACGCGCCAAGGCCAUUAAGAACAAGGCCAAGGUCAACGCAGAGCUGAGUCCUGGGGAGAUGAAGCAAUUAUUGCGCAAGGCGCAGGGUCAAAUGACGAAUUUCGAGAACUACAUUUCUGCACUAGAAGGAGAAAUCGACAUGUGGCGUCGCGGUGAUAGCGUCCCCCAGGACAAAUGGACUCCCUCGCUAGGACACGAGAUCGUUAGCGCUGCGAAGACUGAAGCCCGUGCUCGACGACCAGGCACUCCCUCGCGUCUACAGGAAACUGCUCGUUCAGAAACUCCCCGCCCAGAUUCGCGGGUUGGUGAUCGGUCCAGCACUCCCAGCCUGGUGCUGGAAAAAGAUGAGCGCGAGGAAUUCUUGCGCCGCGAGAACGAGUUUCAAGACCAAAUUUCGGAAAGAGAGUCCCACAUUGUCAACAUUGAACGCAGCCUCCGUGAGGCACGCGAUGAGCUGAAGUCUAUGAAGGAUAACGGCGCACGAGCAGGCAAGGAUAAUGAGCGCCUGGGUACAGAGGUCAAUGAGCUUCGUAUGCAACUUGAGAAAGUCUCGUACGAGAGCAAGGAGGCGGCUAUCACCAUGGAUGGUCUUCGCGAGGCUAACUCGGAACUCACGAGCGAGCUCGAUGAGGUUAAGCAGCAGCUUUUGGAUGUCCGAAUGAGGGCCAAGGAGACAAAUGCUGCGCUUGACGAGAAAGAAAAGAAGAAGACAGAGAAGAUGGCUAAAAUGAUGGCUGGAUUCGACCUCGGCGGCGACGUAUUCUCGGACAACGAGCGCAAACUACAAGAUUUGAUCCAACGCGUCGACGCUCUCCACCAAAUCAGCGCCGAGGGUGAAGUCAUUGCACCGGACGAUAUUCUUGAACUCCGCGCGAAUCUUCUCGAGACGCAAGGCUUCAUCCGACAAGCCGAGCUGACUGUUAACGACCGCAGCGACUUCGGCGAGCUGCAGGACAGCCGCCGUGCGGACUUGGAAAAGAAACUAGAUAGCCUUCAGCGAGAGUAUGAGGAGCUCCUCACCCGAAACCUGGGCGAGAGUGAUGUGGAGGAGAUCCGAGAACGUCUAGAGAAGGUUUAUGUGACAAAGAAAGAGGCUGAAAAUGCGGCAUCCGACGAUCUUCGCUCCGACAUCUCCCGCAAGGAUGAGGAGUUGACCAAAUUGCGACAAUCCCUGGUUGACACUCAAUCCCGAACGUCCACCAAUGGCGCCGCUAGCAAGACCUUGCAGCAGCAGAUCACCGAGUUCGAUGCCAUGAAGAAGUCUCUCAUGCGCGACCUGCAGAACCGCUGCGAGCGUGUAGUUGAACUGGAGAUCUCUUUGGAUGAUGCGCGGGAGCAGUAUAACAAUGUCCUUCGAUCAUCAAACAACCGCGCUCAACAAAAGAAGAUGGCCUUCUUGGAGCGCAACCUCGAGCAAUUGACACAUGUACAGCGUCAGCUCGUGGAACAAAACAGCAGCUUGAAGAAGGAGGUUGCAAUUGCCGAGCGUAAGCUCAUCGCAAGAAAUGAGCGCAUUGCCAGUUUGGAAGCCUUGCUCCAGGAGAGCCAAGAGAAACUCACUCAGGCCAACCACCGAUUCGAGGCUCAACUCACUGCUGUGAAAGAGCGCCUGGAAGCUGCAAAACAAGGCUCAACUCGCGGCUUACCGAGUAUGGAUGGGAAUGCGAGCUUUAGUUUUGGGGGGUCGCGUAUCGCGAAGCCCUUACGAGGGGGCGGUGACGGCCCGUCGCCGGCGAAUGCGAACGUGGCGGGCGUACAGUCACAAGAAGCCACCGGCAAGCGAAGCAGUUGGUUCUUCGACCGUCGAUAA